AUGACCGAUGCCAGCAGGAAAGGAGAGCCAGACACAUCGCCCGCCCUAGAUGAGUCAGACCCCGAUCUAGACUAUGAAGAAGAUGAGGAGGACGAAGGGAGGGAGGGUGAGAGGGGAGAACCGGACACGUGCAGCAUCCUUUCUGAUGACUCUGUGUACCCCGUCUAUGAAUCUGCUCCGUCUGCCAAUGGUGAUGGCACAACGCUCACGUUCUACCAGAUCUGUCUCAAGAACGAUGCAAAGCUAUUGCAGGAGAAACUUGACAGAGGGGUGACCAGGGAGGAAGUCAUGGAGCUGGACAUCAAUGGACGGGUAACUGGACUUCUCACAGCAGCACCUAAAAGCUAGCAAUAAAAUGGCCUAGGGGUGAAUAGAAGGCCAUGACUCUUAGCCAUUCCUUAGAACAGAGCCAUAGCCCAAUCAUGGCCGUUUUCUAGUCCAAGAAACCAUCCCUAGCAUCGCUGUCCCUAACAGGAAGCUAUGGUAAACCAUCCCAGCCAUGCAGUGAAUUCGACAUGCCUUGUGGGGUGGCGACUGCACAGCAAAGUGGUCAUUGUACCGCUCCACUGUGUGUUGGUGGCUAGCGCCAUCAAUUUUCACUGACUACAUGUUUGGCGGGGUGGCACCAAGUGGGGUGUGCAAAACAAAAAGGCAUGAAUGAAUUAGAGAGUUCCCUGAGGAAGGACAUUUGUCCACACUACAACCGAUCUGGUAAUGUCAGGGAGCCAACAGGCAGAGCAGGUCAUUCACAGGUGUGUGUGAGAGACAGAGACGCUUGGCAAAGUUGCAGUUAGUUUCUUUAUUAAGGAAAGCAAAACACAGAGAGAGAUAUCUAAAGGGAAAGCCAGUUGUUCGAACCGGCUUGUAGCCCCUCCUUCAUUCCCGUCCCCUCUGUGCCAGGCCCCUUCCUCUGUGAUCUUCUGCUACGGCAAGCUGCAAGGGACUCCCUCUGUGUCUGCCUGGCUCGCUUCUUGGCAACACACAACAAUCGUUCUAGGCAUGGGUUGGGGGCUGGAAAGCUAUCAUCAGCGAAGCUGUCAGAGUAGCUCUGAGGGAGAACUGCACGGUCUAAAUCUCCUGUGUCCUGGCUGUCUGUCGGCGCCUGUAUCCAAACUGGAAACCUCCUCAGCCUGUUCUGUCUCUUCGCUAUCCCUCAAGAGCCCUGAUUCUAACAGUUCCCAGCCCAUCCCCUCCUCUGAGGUGUGGCCAGUGUCCCACCACCAGUCCCCCGGCUCAAAACCCUCUUCCUCUGUGCCUUUCCAGAGGAGGGGUGCUUAGUUAUGCAGAUUCCACAUGUAGGUUCUAGAAUCCCAUGCUUAUACAUGGCUUCUCCCCAGCCCUUUAUCCCGGGAUUGAAAUUAGGAGCGAGUUAGACCAUCAGUUCAUCUAGGUCAUUACUGUCCACACUGACUGGCAGUGGCCCUUUUAAGGUUUCAAACCAAGAGUCUUUCCCAGAUCUGCAUAUACAGAAAUGCCAGGGAUUGAUCCUGGGAACUGUUCCAUGCAAAUCAUGCUUACUGAGCCACAGCCCCUCCCCUGCACUGGCAGCAUUGAUGCCCUGCUAUCGAUAACGCAAACAAAGGACUUUGUUCCUGAGUGGUUUAUAAAUAUCGCAAAAGACUGGAAAAAAAUGAAAUGUGUUAUCAUGGCGUUCCAGCCAUCCUCAUGUGUUCAGUUGUACUUUCUUUCCAUGCACGGUAAAUAGAGGAACAGUAUCAGCCGCAUUUUGUAUUUAUAGUGGUACCUUGGUUUUCGAACAUCUCCGUUGACAAACGUUUUGGUUUUCGAACGCCGUAAACCCGGAAGUAAACGCUUCCGUUUUCAAACACACCUCGGAAGUUGAACGGCUUCCACUGAGUGCAUAUGUUAUUUUUCUCAAUUUUCUCUAUUAAAUCUGCAGGCCGCCCUUUGCGCCUUGGUUUUCAAAUGUUUCAGAACUCCAACGGUCUUCCAGAACAGAUUAUGUUUGAAAACUGAGGUGCCGCUGUAUUUCAUAACAAUUUAUAUACUGCUUGAUUGUAAUAAAACCCCAGAGCAGUUUGCAAAAGGAAUGAACAAUAAAAUUAACAAUUAAUAACAAGUAUUUAAAACAUUUUUAAAAAGUAAUUUAGGGUAGGGGGGGUUAAAUUAAAAAAACCACAACCAAAACAUUUGUGCUAUGUCCUGACUGACAGGUAGCAGUGGCAGGAAUGCAAUAGGAGUGGCUGUUAUUGCUGAGGUGCUGGAACCAAUCAGUGACUGGCGCUCAGGCUUUGUGUGGCUGCUGGGAGAGCAUCGGAGUCACCCCUGGGGCAGGAAGUGCCAUUUUGUUGGGACCAAAGGACUGUGUUUCUGGGCAAGAUAGGCAGGAAAGAUGUACGAGAGGUAGCAUCACUUGCUCAAGUGGCUGAACCUUAACACCUGUUCCCUUUUCCUCCACAGAACGGCCUAUUGGUGUCAUGUUUCAAAGGCUUCGUAGACAUUGUCACCAUUCUCAGCAAAUGUCCCUACAUAGAUAUCAAUCAUCAGGAUAAAGAUGGAAACACAGCACUCAUGAUAGCAGCUCAGGCAGGUAGGAAGUGUCUUGCUUUUAUACAGUUGAGCAGGGAUGGCAGACGGAGACAAGGAAGGUUGGGCAUCUGGCCAGGAUUGCUCUACUUCCAACAGUGACUUCAGGGGCUACUAACCCUGAUGACAGGCUGCGUUCUUCCUCCGCUUCUGGGUACCGGUUGCUGGAAACUGCAGGGUGGGAAAGCACUCUUGCACAAAGAUCCUUCUUUUGGGCUUCCAUAGGCAUCAUUUUGGCCACAUUAGGAACAGGAUACUAGACUAGAUGGGCUGCUGGCCUGAUCUAGCAAGGUCUUCUUAUAUGCUUAAUUACGAGCAAGCAGAUGAUAGAUAGAUAGAUAGAUGAUAGAUAGAUAGAUAUAGAUAGAUGAUGAUAGAUAUAGAUAGAUAGAUGAUAGAUGAUAGAUAGAUAGAUAGAUAGAUAGAUAGAUAGAUAGAUAGAUAGAUAGAUAGAUAGAUAGAUGAUAGAUAGAUAGAUGAUAGAUGAUAGAUAGAUAGAUGAUAGAUAGAUAGAUAGAUAGAUAGAUAGAUAGAUAGAUAGAUAGAUAGAUAGAUAGAUAGAUAGAUGAUAGAUAGAUAGAUAGAUAGAUAGAUAGAUAGAUAGAUAGAUAGAUGAUAGAUGAUAGAUAUCUUGUGAUUAUUUCGAAUUAGCGUUCUGGCAAUGAGAAGUAAAAGGGGUUUACUGAAAGGUGACGAUAAGCUCAGGUUGCAGAUGGCCAUUCCUCUGUGAAAAUUGGAGCCAAAUUGUAUCAUCUCAAUAAAGAUCAAAUUUGAUGAAUAUUCUGAAGGCAAGAUGUGCACAUUUGAAUUCAGGCCUCUGUUGGCAUUCCAGAUUUGCAGAGGAGUUACCGUUUCACACUUCCUUCCCUUCCUAAUUUAUUUGUCUGUUUAGCGCCCUGUGAUUUGUUUGUGCAGACUGUAGCCCAGACUGCAUGUAACGCAAAGCCAAACUAUGGCUAAGUGCGAACAGGCAAGGGUGCAGUUGCCCAGAGCAAGAAAGGUUGCCGGUUCUUUCUUCCCCCCAGUCCUGCUGCCGACAUGCUACCUGGAGCUAAGCUAUAGUUUGGCUCUAUGGAAAUCCAGGCUAAUGGUUUGUCUCGCUCCCAACAAACCACAAGCUGUUACUGCAGUUUGUUCUUGGCUUAUUGGCCAUGGUGCUCUCAGGUUUGGACGUAAUGCUAAACUAAACCGUGACUUAACUCUGCAAAGCAGCCACUCUUGGUCUUGCACCCUCAUCCUGCUUAGCCAUGGUUUGGCUGAGUAUUAUGUGUGAACAAUGCCUGUGACUGAUAGAUGGCUGAACCACAAAAAACAGACCCAAUUAAAAAACAGCUCAAGACGGUUAAAUUCACCAAAAGUGCAAUGGGAGGGGGGGAUAUGAAACAAUGGAGGAGAUAGAUAUAAUAUAAUAAUAAUAGUCAAGCAUCAUAGAGUUAGAAGGAACCCUGAGGAUGAUCUACUUUAACCUGCUGCAAUGCAGGAAUAUUCAGCAAUCCCUUAUGGGGAUCAAACUUGUAACCCUGGCGUUAUCAGCAUGAAACUCUAAUCAACUGAGCUAUCCAGCUGAUAAGUAUUUAAACUAGAAGAGUGUGUUUGGAAGUGUAUCCACUGUGUUCAAUCCAAAUGCAUUUUUCUUUCUCCAGGAUUGAACUCUGCAAGAAAGAAGCAGAAUAUGGAAGUGCUUUUUGCAGAAGCAGUUAGCUGUGCAUAGCACUGAUUGGCUGGUGCCUGUGACUUUACCACGAACUCUAGUGUUCUUCUCCCAAACACACCUUUUAAAAUAAGGGUUAGGGUUCCUUUUUCCUUAUUUUAUUUUAAUGGAAAGCACUUUUAAAAAUAGGGGGGGUGGGAAAUAAACCGUCUUUCUGCAGCAUGGAGAGAAGGCCAAGACUGACAGCUGAACCAGUGUUUCAUUGGCUGGUAUUUACAUCUAUCAUUCAAAUUCUGAAGCUCAGUGGAGCUUUACUGGCAAUCAUUGUAGGGCUUUGAGGAUCUGGGUAAUGUGACCCCCUCCAAUGCGCUAGAUAACAGUCAGGCGUUGGCAUUCUGCAUCAGCUGCAGCUUCUAUAACAUCUUUAAGUGCAGCCCCACCCCCACUGUAGUAAUCUGUUUUGGAAGUUAUUAACACUGGUUAACUGAGGCCAAGCUGUCCUAGUCCAGGAAUGGCCACAGCUGAUGGAUGGAUCAGUCACACCUGGGCCUGGCAUUACUCGCCACCAAAGACACUUGAGCCUCUGGCAAUAAUUUAGAAUCAAGGAGCAACCCCCAAGCCAUGAACCUAGUCUUUCGGAGGGCUUCACAGGGACACAAUGGUGAUUUGGGCUUGUGUCAGGCUGCUAGACAUCGGCCACUCACAGGGCCGUCUUACCCAUAGGCACUAGGGGUGCAGGGCACCCGGGCGCCAGGCUCUCAGGGGCGCCAGGCCGAGAGUCUGGGCCCCGAGAGUUGAGUCUGGGGAAGAGCCCACCCAUCGGUCAGCACGCCACGGUGGUCUCUUCUGCUGCGGGUGGCUCUGCGCCGUGAGUUCAGGGGUGACCGAGCCAGCGAGACGCUGAGGUGGCUGGCCGGCUCUGCCAUCCUGUGCACCUGGGACUGGGCAACCGGUUUGUGUGCACUGGGCAGAUCUUUGCACGCCUGCGCCACAUAUGCUUAAGACAGCCCUAGCCACUCAAUUCCCAGAGGAAAGGAAAGUCUACAUGGACGGGAAAAUAAUUCAUUGUGUGUUAACUCUUGUGGUCUUUAGUGCAUGCUAAACCUCUGAGAAACAUUUCAAUGCCUAACACCGUUUCCUUAAUCUCUCUCUCUCUCUCCCUCUCCAUGAAGGACACAUCACUAUUCUCAACUAUCUUCUUAACUACUAUCCAACACUGGAGCUGGAGGUGCGAGACUUGCGGGGUCUGACUGCACUCAUGAAGGCUGCAGUACAGGGGAGAAACGACUGUGUUGCAGCUUUGCUCAUGGCAGGUAUGUCACUCCUCAUUAGCCAGUUCAGGAGGAAAGGAUUUUUAAAUCCGUUUUUUAACACCUGCUGCUCAUCCUUCAAGUGUUCAACAGUGGCUGCUGCAUCUAGCUGCCAUUGCAAUUUCCUACAAUGUCCCAAUAAUGACGCUGUGUCAGUAGCAUUGUGGAAAAUUAAGGUGGCAGCUAGACCCAGCCACUUGGUGCUGCUUAGAGAGCCAAGCACCAGCAGUCUGGUCCUCCAAGUGUCCCUAUUUUCCAGGAGCACUCCUGGAUUUACAGAAGCCAUCCCAGUUUCUGAUUUGAUCCCGGAAUGUCCCGCUUUUCGUUAGGACCUCCCUGUUUUCAUCAGAGAAAUGCUGGAGGGUAUGGAGUUAUCUGGCCCCCCGAGCCAAGGAGACAAGUAACUGUACAACCUUUAGAAGACAUCUGAAGGCAGUCCUGUAUAGGGAAGUUUUUUAAUGUUUAAUGUUUUUAUAUAUUUUUUUAAUGAUAUUUAUUAAGGUUUCAGUAAAAGAUUAAACAGAAAAACAUAAACGAAAAAUACACAAUUCAAAAGAGCACAAUACAUAGUCCAAAAAAAAAGAAAAAAAGGGGGGGGGAAAGAACAAAGAAAAAACAAAAUACAAGACAAAAGGAACAAUUAAAAACAAUAUCACCUUUUCGUUUCCAUCUUUAAAUUUACUUGUUUUCUGGACCUCCUCAUACCUCCCUCUUUUGUAUUCCAGUUCAAAUUGAUUGUCCAGCAAUUUCUUUCCCUCUUUUUUAAUCCCAAUCUUUAAUCUUAAUAUAAUAUAACAUUAAAAUUUUACCUCUUAAAAGCCAAAUUUCCAUUACCUUAAACUUCUUUAAUUCUAAUCCUUAAUCUUAGUUUAUCUGUAACUUUAAAUCCUAUACAGCUGGAAACCACUCAUUUUCAAUCCAACAUCACUCUAACAUUCUUUAAUUUUACAGUGUUUCUGUAGAUAAUCUUUGAAUUUCUUCCAAUCUUCCUCCACCAACUCUUCUCCCUGGUCACAGAUUCUAAUGUUUAAUGUUUUUAUAUACAUUGGAAGCCACCCAGAGUGGCUGGGGCAACCCAGUCAGAUGGGCAGGGUAUAAAUGUUGUUGUUGUCAUUGUUGUUGAGUAGGACGUCCCUAUUUUCAUCAGAGAAAUGUUGGAGGGUAUUAUCAACACAUCAGCAAUGGGCCCUGCCAGCUGUCUGAGAAUGCCCUGAGUGUGAGGAGGGACAGAUGGCUCAAACACCCUGGCAUGCCUUACCUAUGGAAACAAAUCCAAGGGAAGGAUGUUUUUCCCUUACCAUUCAGCCUCCAAAGCAAAUACAGUUCUCCUGUUUGAUCCACAGUCGUACCUUGGUUUUUGAAUGUCUUGCGACUUGAACGUUUGGGCUCCCAAACACCGCAAACCCAGAAGUGAGUGUUCCAGUUUGUGAACUUUUUUUGGAAGCCGAACAUCUGCCGUAGCUUCUGAUUGAGUGCUGGAAGCUCCUGCAGCCAAUCGGAAGUCGUGCCUUGGUUUUCAAACGUUUUCGGAAGCCGGACGGACUUCCGGAAUGGAUUCCACUUGAGAACCAAUGUGCGACUGUGUUUGAAAAAGGCUGAAUUGUUCAAAAACACAAAGCAGAGGUUUCAUUCAAGACUGAGUUCCCAAAGAGUCUCUCGAUAGCUAGUGACUCUUCACUCACCUCUUGUCAACACUGAAUAACUCACAUUAGGCGUAACUUCUGAUAAGCCCCCUUAGUAUUUGCAAUCCUAGUACUGUACUCCAGUAUUUCUACUCCUGUGCCAGUGAUGGAAACCAGAAGCUCUGUCUGCUCACGUUCUCGAUCUAACUCUGUAGAUGCCUUUUCACUUUGUACCUACUGCCAUCUGCAGGUCCUUGCAAAGGACAACAUGUGACCGAUUCAUGAGUGCCCCAGUGCCAUCUAAUGGCAACCUGUGGGCCAAAUUAAACACGCUUGCAGGUUUUGUGCCUUUUUUUCUAUUUAGUCCAAAUAGGAAAGAGGUGUGUGUGUGUGUGUGUGUGCUGAUUCAGGAUCAAGACUACAAGUUAGGGGUUUUUAACCACUUCCUUACUCACCAUGAACCAGAUGAAAGUCACCCCCCUCCCAAAAAAAUAGCUGCUCUCACCCCACAGAAGGACUCUUCCCAUUGGUUCCAGCACAGGAGAACUAGGGAGAUCUUUUCCUGCCCAAAGGACUUGUGCAAUUAAGGCAUGCAAAAGUUAUAUGGCCAGUACCAUGUGCAAUGAGCCCCAUGGAGGUGUCAUGGCAGGAAUGGUCAAAUACUGAGGAGGAGCUCAGGUGUCAAGGUGCUAUCAACGAGCCAGGGCAGGCACAGAGCAGGCACACACACAAAAGGCACGGGAUGCAAUUAGCUUUUUAUUAGCAGGGGAAAAAACAGCAAUCAAGCAAUGUCCCUGGUUUGUCUUAACUCAAUGAAGGCGUUGCUGAAACUAAGCUCUAGGAAUGUCCUUCCCCUCUAGCCGCUCAUUCUGGAUCCCUCCCUGGAGGACGAAGGCUGCUUCGAGAGGAUGGCCUCCUACUCAGGGCCAGUCUGAUGCAUUGCUCAGCAACAUGCAGAAUCCUCCACAAGCAGGGAGUCACAAGGGGUGGAAAGUCAACAGGACUGGGACGGUCUGCACACCCACUAUGACUCUCAGCUUUUAAUCCUGACCUGGAGGACCCACCUUCUCCUGAUGCCCCUUGAUCGCUCAAGUGCCCUGUUUUUAUCAGAUUCCAGCUCAUCCUUUCCACUGAUUGCUCCUCAGUUUCCCACCACCAGGCUCCAGGCUCUAAGGUGUUAUCCCUGGGGGGCUCUUGGGAGGCACUCUUGUUCAUCUAGCCAGUCCAAGCUCUCCCUGGGGGGGUACGGAGUCUCAGUACUGAACUACCCCCAUCCCCUGCCCCGUUCAUUCUGCACUAUAUACCAAAAGGGAAUGGACCACGGCAGGCUCCCUAAAAUCUUGCGAUUUCUCCUAGGAGCCGACCUCGCAGCUGUGGACCCGGUGAAAGGAAAGACAGCGCGGGAAUGGGCAGCCCUGACGGGGCGCUUUGAAACAAUUGUCCGGAUCCGAACCCUUCUGCAGCGCCCAUGCGCUGAGCAGUUCUGCAGCAAGUACUUGCCGCAGUGGCCCGCUCUGCCCGAGCUGGUGGCGCAAGCAAUGGCCACAAAAUCCAGAGCCAAGAGGCUGUCGGAGACGAUAUGCUCCACCUUCACCAUAAAUUUCCCACACGACCCUGAGCCGGAUGGUGUGAUGGACCACAUGGUGCGCAUGACCACUUGCUUGGCCAGUCCAUUUGUGGGCACUGCUUGCCAAACCGUCUGCCCAGACAGCCCGCCGGAAGUGGGGAAGCAGAGACUCUCAGUGCCCGAAAUCCUGAAGGAGUACACGCCGGAUCCUGAUGCCAAAUCCAUGGUUAGUGCGUCGGCCUGCAAUGGCCAGCUCAUGACACCCACCCGGGUUCUGGUGCCCUACCGGCCCCCCAGCACCAUCGUCAAGCUGCUGUCGUUCCCCUUGCGCAUGCGCCAUAACAGCAUCUACCCGGUCCCGAAAAUUGAACUCACCAAGUCGCCUGCUCAGUCGCCACCCAAGGAGAACGUGCCGCCACGUUCUCAGGACAAGCACAUGCUGGAGCUGCCAAAGUGGCGCUAUAAGGAGCUGAAAGAAGCGAAGAAGAAGAAAGAGGAGGAGGAAGGGAAACCCAAGAAGAAAGGGAAGGGAAAGGGGAAAGGCAAAGGCAAAGGCAAAAAGUCAUAA